CCCCUCCCCUAGCGCAACCCGCCGUUGGGUCUGAGACUCUUCAAGGGUCAGCUUCAAGCUCGACAAAUAAGUCUCUCUUGUACACAAAACAGGUGUUCAUUAUUCUUCUCCUCGGCUGCCUUUAAAACUUUCUUUUUAUUUGAACCAUGGCCCUAAAUCCAGCCUACGAAGCAAUAGGAAAAGGAUUCGUACAGCAGUAUUAUGCCCUGUUUGACGAUCCGAAUCAACGACCGAACCUCGCCAACAUGUACAAUGCAGAAACCUCUUUCAUGACGUUCGAGGGCAUUCAGCUACAAGGAGCUAAGAACAUUAUGGAAAAAUUGAAUAGUCUAGCAUUUCAAAAAAUCAACAGAAUGAUUACAGCAGUCGACUCUCAACCUAUGUUUGAUGGCGGUGUUCUCAUUAAUGUUUUGGGAAGAUUGCAGACCGAUGAAGAUCCGGCUCAUGCAUAUAUCCAGACUUUUGUUCUGAAACCUAUUGGUACAAGCUUUUAUGUCCAGCAUGAUGUGUUCAGAUUGGCACUUCAUGACUGUGUAUAAAAGCACUACAACUGGAGACAGUGUGACGAAGACCCCCCACAUGCCUACUCCCAAACAUUUGUGCUGAAGCCCCUGGGAGGCUCCUUCUACUGUGCACAUGACAUCUUCCGUCUCAACAUUCACAACUCAGCCUGAAGAGACUGCUCAAUCAUUUUGAUAUUUGUGCUCAUGAUUGUCACAUAAUUGUUAUGUUGUGGGGAGAGGUUUGAUCUUGCAGCAAAGGCUUAUUAAAUGUGUGACUGAAGAUAAACUUUGCAUGGACAGUUAACUCUUGGCUUUUUUUUUUUUAGUAGUCUUUCUGCUAAUUUUGAAUUUUGUUUUUGUUUUAAGUACCCAAAUUAAAUCCAAUGUGAUGAAUGAUAAUAUGAACCUCUUUUAGUAUGGUACAUCUCUUGUGUACUUUUCAUUGUGUUUUUAUUUAGCUGUCAGCCAUUGUGAUGUAAGUUUUAAUUAUUUGAUUACGGUUGACUUUAUUAUGCUGUUAAGUUUCCUGGCCUUGUUAUAAACUUAAAGGAAUUUUGGAAAGGCUUUUCUUUGCUUGACUUUUGAAGAGUCUUGAAUCUUCAAAGCUGGAAAUGUGUGAAAGAAACUGCAUGUGUGAGCAGUUCAGACUAACUUUGUUCUGAAAGCUAAUGUCAAUUUUAUUCAUUUUCUGCACAUUUCUUUUGUCCUAACCCUAGUCUACAAUUCUUGUAUGUGCUUGCCCUAGUACUAUCAAACCUUGUAUGUUUCUUCAUUUUGUUUUGAGCCAUUUUCCUGGGGCAGGCCUCAGUCCUAUUUCUUGGCCAGGUGAACACAAGCGAUUUUGGAAGAUUUGUCUGAAAUGAAAUAAAGCAACAAACUUUGUCAUAGUUUGCUCUCUGAGCAGCUGUCUUGUUGGAAGUAAAUAACUAAAUUCUGUUGUUCCAUAGGGCUUUCCUGUGUUUCCCUUUGGGACUGGACAAGUUCUUUUGAACAUGAGUUAAGACUAAUAUUUGUUUCACACAAUGUUUUGUAUUUUAUUGUCUAGGCCAAACGAACUGUCUAUUAUUGUAAUAAAAAAAUAGGAAACAAU